AUGUACUACCGCUGCUCAUGCUCCAGUGGCCGCGAUGCGCAGAGUGUCCAGCAAGAGUAUCAGUCGACCAAGAUCAGGACGGAUUCCAUCCCUGGCACCAAUGUUAAGAAGGUCGGCAGGUCCGUUCGCGCGGAUCUAGAGGCGAUGAUCUCGGGCUACAACCCCGAUGUGUACGACCGUCGCCUGACGCGGGAGCGGUACGACAACCUCACCGCAGCCGCACGUGAGAAAGCGGAGGUCUACUCGCAGCUGCUACCUGCGAGGGCGACGUGUGCCGUCGUGGGCUCGAGCAGCACGCUGCUCAAGGUGGAGCGGGGGCGGGAGAUUGACCGCGCUGAUGUGGUGAUCCGGAUAAACAGCGCCCCACUCGAGCCGAUGUUCGCCGCCUUCACGGGCUCGCGCGAGACCCUGCGCGUGAGUACAUACAGCGGGGAAGGCUCCGUGUGCGACCAAGCCGCAAGGGAGGGGCGCGCAUGCCUGUAUUACUGCCACACCGCUUGGUUGGGCGGAUGCUGGUUGCAAGCCCGCGUCGACGGCGUGCCACGCCUCUCGCCGCGCUUCGUCGUGCAGGUCGCUCGGUCCCACUCUCUUGCGUCCAGCACGGAGCACGCUCCAGAGUUGCACCACUGGCCGUCCACGGGGUUGAUCGCCUUCGAGGUGGCCAACCAUCUGUGCAGGCGGGUAUUUACGUACGGCUUCGGCAUCGACACUGGCUUCAGCAACUGCACGCACUACUACAACGUACCACUGCGUGCCUCUCCCUCAACCACGGUCCUCCGGCGGCAGGACCUCGCCAUGCAAGCGGCGUGCGUCUACCCGAAGCGCUACUCGAUGCGCGUGCGCAACUCGCACGCGACGCACGCCGACUACCUCAACACAUACUGGCACGACCUGAAGAUCGAGGGCGCCUUCUUCGUACGAGUGAGUAAGCUGGCAGAUGAGACGCUGUCGAAGGAGCUGAGGAUCAAACGAAAGAAUAUGACGACGGAGGAUCGGUCGCGAGUAGGGGAGUACGGCUUUACCGUUUACGGCGAACCAGCUGAGAACACGGACGGGACACUCGAGACGCAAAACGCUAAUCUCAGCAUGGCGCAUUGGUUCUAUCUAGAUACAGAAAGAAAGGAGAUCAUGGCACACAAGAUCCCAUGGCACACCUCCAGACCGCGGCCCCUCUCGUAG